UCUAAAGUAUGGCAGGGAAACACUGCGGACGAACUUCAGACCCAGUGAGCUGGGUCCUGUGUAAGCGAGUUCGCUGAUUUGCUCUCGAGAAGGCUGAAAUGGACACCAUUGUAGAUUCCUUGAACAACGCGUAUCAAGAAUUUGUGGCUGCAGCAGCUAAUGUUCUCGAAAUCAAAGAGAUCUCCGGAGGCCAAAAGACGGUCGUCACAGACAUUGCCCUCGAGAACUUCAAGCAGAAGUGGGAGCUGUUCAGGGUGGCCUGCGAUCAGGCGGAGGAAUUCGUGGAGUCUCUGAAGCAGAGAAUAGGGUCCGAAUGUCUGAUUGACGAGGCCACUGGUGCCUCGGCUGGUGGAAAAUCGGACCAUGCUACUGCUAACACUGGUCUUGCUCCAAUUUUCGCAGUCCGGUUGGAGCAGAUGAGCAAGGCCGUGAGAUCGCUGGUGAUUGAGCUUCAGCAGGGGUCUGGAGCAGCCGCUUCUGGUGUCUCUGCCCAAAAUAAUCCUUCCCCUGCUGCACCAUUUGACGCUAGGUUCUCAGAAGAUACAGCUCAAUAGGCUGCGUACAUCCAAGAAAGAAAAGGAGGAUGUGACACUGUUCAGGUUGAUCCGGAAAGUUGCAGGAUAAUUGCUCUUGCUUCUGCCUCAGUUGCUGCUAAACUUUGUAGAAUAGUGGCAAAGGAUGCACCUUGGGAUAAUUAUGGUAAAAAUGAACUAAGAUUUGUCGUCAGCUUCCUUCAUGCAUCUAUCAUCUCAUCAUUUUUUAUUAGCGGUGUAAAUCUGUCAAUUUAUGGUAGUUGAAACUAGCAAUGUUUGCUCUUCAUGAGAUUUAGACGCUUCAUCCAACCGGGGAUGAAAGCUGGGCGCAACGUGGUUUUAUUCUGAGGGAAGGUGCUUAUGUACAUACACUAGUUGCGAAAAAUUAUAGAUUGCAUGCCUUUGGAUCUCUGUCU